CUUUACUUCUCUUGAUAUAACAAUGGCUAAGCUUGUGGCUCUUAGCUUCGUUCUCUUGCUGGGUCUUGGACUAGCCAAUGCUGGAAGGGUAGCUAGAUAUGCUAGUGCUGGUGGUGGCGGUGGUGGUGGAGGAGGUGGUGGUGGAUCAAAUGGUGGCUCGGGAUGGGGAUCCGGAUCUGGAUCUGGAUAUGGCCAGGCAAGUGGUGGUGGAGCAUAUGCUAGUGGAGGCGGUGGUGGCGGAGGAGGUGGGGGUGGACAGGACGGUGGAUCUGGAUAUGGUUCUGGUUCUGGAUCUGGGUAUGGGCAAGCUGGUGGGUAUGGCCCAUAUGGUGGAGGAUAUGUGCAAGGAGGAGGUGGUGGUCAAGGUGGCGGCGGUGGACAAAAUGGUGGAUCGGGAUCUGGUUACGGUUCUGGCUCUGGAUAUGGUCAGGCUGGUGGCUAUGGGCCAUAUGGUGGUGGGUAUGCUCAAGCUGGUGGCCAAGGUGGUGGCGGCGGUGGUGGACAGAGUGGUCCCGGUGGCAGUGGAUAUGGUAGUGGCUCAGGAAGCGGAUCUGGAAGUGCCUAUGGUGGACACCCGUAA